CCAAAGUUUACAUGGAAAUAUUGUUGUAUAGAAACUGUAAAAAACAGUCAAGUUUUAACAAACAAACGUUUUCAAAAUAUUGUUCCCACAGUUCAGUUUUCAUGGCAGUUCAAUAAAAGCAUCGAGUGUUUUUUGAAGCCAGAAAAUAACUGAGCUUCUAGUUUUAGCAGUUUGGAAAAUGGCGGGACAAUAAACGAACCAAUGAUGUUUGAGCACAUGUACAGUUAACCCAAUAAGAAAGCAGUAUUACCUAAACCAAUAGGAUUCAAGAGCGCCAAAUAUAAGAAUCAUUGCUGUGAUCCUGAAUUUAUCAGUUUAAAAUUUGUAAACGGAACAAGAAAUUAUGGCUCGUACAAAACAAACCGCUCGUAAAUCUACCGGAGGAAAAGCUCCCCGAAAACAACUUGCCACCAAGGCAGCACGUAAAAGUGCCCCAGCAACUGGUGGAGUCAAGAAACCUCAUCGUUACAGACCCGGUACAGUCGCUCUUCGUGAGAUCCGUCGUUACCAAAAGUCUACCGAGUUGUUGAUCCGCAAGCUGCCCUUCCAACGUCUCGUCCGUGAAAUAGCUCAGGACUUCAAGACUGAUCUUCGAUUCCAGAGUUCAGCUGUCAUGGCUCUUCAGGAGGCUAGCGAGGCUUACUUGGUUGGCCUGUUUGAAGACACCAACUUGUGCGCCAUUCACGCCAAGCGAGUCACCAUCAUGCCCAAGGACAUUCAGCUUGCCCGCCGAAUCCGUGGCGAGAGAGCUUAGACUAGUUCUCUUUUAAACAAAAACAACGGCUCUUUUAGGAGCCACCACAUGCUAGAAAGUCAAUAACUAAAUGCUUCUUUGUUUAUUUGAAAUAAAAUGUGCAAUCAUGAUUUUUUUAGUGCUGACUGUGGAGAGGUUUCAAAUUAUAGUCAAAGAAUCACAAGCCUGAAAUAAUAAAGUCUAAAAUACUCGCCCAACAGUAAUGUUCAAUGGCUCUAUACUCGGACAGUAGUACUUUUUUACAAUCCCUCGGUAUUGGUAUUUCCAUGACCUCACAUGUGAUUCACGCAACACUAGCGAAUUUAUUAGAACCUAUAUAACUCUAUAACAAUCAAUAAAUGUU